GUGGUAAGCCACGUGCUGCUGGCAGUAAACAAAUAAUGGUUAAGUUAUUCUAGUUUUAUUGAUUUAAAAACUUUUAAUUUCAUCGCCAAAUAUGUCACCACCACAACUCAAAGAAUUUUAUACACCGCAGACAACACACAAGGCUUUUUUUACAGGCGGAAAUGUUCAAUUAACUUCCCCCGGAGAUAAAUUGUUGUGCCAAUGCACCACAACUGUCAAGAUAGUAGAUGUCCAAAGUGGAAUUGUGUCUGGAUUUAUUGGCGAGGAAGAAUCUCUUGAUGAAGAUUCGGUAGAUGAUCUUGUUAUAACGUUUGGCUUAAGCAAAGAUGACAAGCAAGUUGUAACAGCUCACAAAAGUGGACUUCUUAAGCUGUGGGAUUUGAGCGAAAAUAAAUUAUUAAAACAAUGGAAAAGUAUACAUAAAGGUCAUGUGGCGGUUAUUGAGUUUAGCACAGAUAGUGAUGUCCUGGCGACUGGUGGUUCUGAUUCCAGUCUCAAACUUUGGAACCUUAAGCACCAUUCUUGUACUCACAACCUGAAAGGAGUUCAAGGGGUUUUUAGUAUUGUGAAAUUUUUUAUGAAAAGUGAUGUCCCCUACAUAUUUGGAGCAGGAGACGAUUACUGUAUAAAAGGAUGGAAUAUAGUUACUAGUCAGAUAAAAAAAUCUCUUUCUGGCCACUACAGUAAAAUUACUGGCUUAGAGAUUAGCCAUUGCAGUUCUUAUAUCGUUAGUGGCAGCAGAGAUAAGGUUCUAAUUCUGUGGGAAUUCUCAUCAGGAAAACAGUUAAAAGUAAUACCACUUUAUGAAAGUAUAGAAGCACUUGUUUUACUACCGAAAAAGAUAACAAUUCCUGGGGCAGAUGUGCAAUUUAAAAAUAGUGUGUUUGUUGCAGUAGCAGGGGAAAAAGGUUCAGUCAAAAUAUGGGAUGUAAAAGAAGCAAGACAAUUGUUCACCCAAAAAAACUCCCUGAUAUCUCCUGCAAAGGAACAAGGAGGUCUAGCAGUCACCCAAUUGCUGUAUAAUAAAGCAACAAAUACAUUUGCAGUGGUAUCAGCCGAUCACAACAUUAUUUUCCAUCUCUUCGAUGAUUUCAGUUGCAGACAGCAACUUAUUGGAUUCAGUGAUGAAAUAUUGGAUUUAGUAAUUCUAGGAAUAGAGGAAACACAUUUAGCAGUGGCUACAAACAGCAAUGAUAUAAAAUUGUAUAAUUUAUCAAACAUGAAUUGCCAAUUGCUUGUUGGUCACACAGAUUUGGUUGUUGCCCUUGCCUCAACGCCAGCCAAUCCUGACCUAUUUGCUUCAUCGUCAAAAGAUAAUUCAAUGAGGCUCUGGUGUCUUAAAGAUGGAAAUGCAUAUUGCGUCGCUUCAGGCAUGAUUCAUAGCAGUUCAGUUGGUGCUGUCGCAUUCAGCCAAUUGAAGCAAAAAUUUGUCCUUUCUGGUUCCCAAGAUACUACUCUAAAAUUAUGGAAGUUGCCAAAAGAAUUAAGUCAUGACGAAACGGUGACACUUACUGUUAAGAUGGCAAAAGUUGUUCAUGAAAAAGAAAUCAAUGAAAUCAGUGUGGCUCCAAAUGAUAAAAUUAUUGCUACUGCUUCUAUGGAUAAAACUGCUAAGUUGUGGAGUGCUGAAGAUUUGACAUUGCUUGGGACACUGAGAGGGCAUAAAAGAGGAGUAUGGUCUGUUAAUUUUUCAUCGAUGGAUCAAGUAGUUUUAACAACUUCAGCAGAUGCCAUGAUAAAAAUUUGGGCCAUCAGUGAUUUGUCUUGUUUGAAGACCCUUGAAGGUCAUGAUGCCUCAGUUAUGAAAGGGCUUUUUGUAUCAAGAGGUAUGCAAGUAUUGAGUAUAGGUGGUGAUGGACUUUUAAAAUUAUGGAAUCUAAAAACAAGCGAGUGUAUCAAUUCAUUUGAUCACCAUUAUGGGAAAAUUUGGGCUAUUGCCAUUUCAAAAAGCGAAGACAAACUUAUUACGGGAGGUUCUGACUCACAACUCAUUAUUUGGAAAGAUGUGACUGAAGAGAAAAAACUUGAAGAGGUGAGAAAGCUUCAAGAAAAAGCACUCAUGGAACAGCAGUUAGCAAAUUUAAUGCAAGCUGAUGAUCUUUUAAACGCGUUAAAGUUAGCUCUAACUUUGGACCGACCAGCUACAGUUCUCAAAAUUAUUCAGGAUGUAAUUAAAAGAGGUGAAACGGGAUUGCCGGAAACAAUUCUCCAGUUAGACAAUUAUGAAAAGAAACAAUUGAUGACCUGUGUUGCGCAUUGGAAUACAAAUAGUAAAUUUUGCUAUCCAGCACAGGUAAUAGUAUCCAUAAUGUUGGAUGACAUUGUCCAUGGAAAUCUAGAGAUUGAAAGACGUAUCCUUGAAACUAUUAUUGCCUAUACUGAGAAGCAUUUUAAACGGUUGUCUGAAGAAUUUCAGGCACUUCACAUACUUGAUUACACUAAGUUAAUAAUGAAACCAACUUCAAAAAAUCACAUUGUGUAGCAUUAUUUUAACCUGUAAUUAUUAAAUAAAAUGUAUAUAUUUUUGUAUUUA